CUCUAAUGGCAAUUAUCCGUAGCCAGCUCGGUUACCACCACUUCCCACCAUCCACCAACGACGGUCCAUCUCUCCUUACAGUUUCAUCUACCCUUCACGGCAGACUUUAGCACGUAUUCCCUCUUUUACUGACACCAGGCUGCUGUUGCAUGCCGUGCAUCUUCCUCUCUUUUCAUCAUGGCCCUUCGUUUUCAAUCCAAUCACAAUUUUACGGAUGUCCCCAUUCCAACUACACGGCAGCCUCCAACCUCUGGCACUACCAUUCGACGUGCAAAAACUCUUACACGUCCAGAACGUAGUGUCGCUCCCGUACCCCUCAUCAAUCCGCAAUCCGCUUCACCAUCGUCUACUUCACGUCCAGCCAACGACUAUAACGGCUCGAAUGCAUGGAAGUUAUUUAGUCGCGCGGUCACAUUCUGGGCGCCUGGUUUCCUUCUCAGCUCAAUUGGAGGGUUGAAAGACAAAGCUACUCAACAAGCAUGGCGGGAAAAGAUGACGCUGUGUUUUUUGAUCUCAAUCCUUUGUUGCUGCGUGGGAUUCAUUACCGUCGGUUUUCAGAAGGUUCUUUGCCCAUCUUCGAGCAGCACAAAUAAUGAGUUCAUUCGAUUGGGCACGCAGUCGGGCACAGUAGGCGUUCAGGGUCGUGUAUACAACGUCACAUCCGCGACGUCUACCUCCAAUGUUUCGUUCUCAUCGCUCGGCGAAUCUGGUGGCCAGGAUAUCACGCAGCUUUUCACGAGGAGUGCCUCAGACUUCUCAGAUUGCACAGGCCUCAGCUUUCGAGUCGCACUCGAUGCCCCUUGCUCCACUACAAAUCCAUGCUCGCUCGGCGACCUCAAUUCAUCUUCCACCUUCUCCGAUCUUGGUAUGAAAAGUACGGGAUAUAUUGUUGGUUAUUCGUGGGAACAAGUCGCCGCUUCAUCCAGCUACUUUGUCAUUGAUGGUGCCGUUCUGAAUAUGACCACCUACAUAAACCUUCAUCCUAAUUCCAUCUCGUCCGACAACGUCGAUGCUGCCCUUCGUACCCUCUUAUAUAACCAAGAUACGAGUUCGGGAAAGGAUGGUACUCGUCUCUUUUCCAGCCGCUCCGACCUGCAGUCGUCCAUUAAAUGUUUGAAGCAGAGAUAUUACGCAGGCAACAUCGACAAAGUUACUCCAGGAUGUUUUAUCUCUUCACUGUUUCUAUACGCGGGUCUUAUCGUCGUACUGGGACUCGUGUUAGUGCGUUUCGUCAUGGCCUGUAUUUUUAACUGGUUCCUGUCGGAGCGUCUUGCCGGUCCACCAAAUAGCAGGGACUUGGAGAGAUCUGCUAUCAGCCCCGCAGUUAUGCCAGAGGGUGCCAAUGUCUCUAUUGACAAUAAAAAUGGCACAGCACCUUGGGCUGCCGGGAGUGCGAGGAAGCUGAACAAGUCCAACGUGAACAAAUCGGCCCGUUCAUUCAUGUCAGCCUCAUCAGCGACCCUCACCAACUCUUCCUCAGAUGGUUCCGUCGCGCCUGUCAUGAGUUUGGCAUCCAUUGGCCGAGAAUUGUUCGCCGUAUGCUUAGUAACGUGUUAUUCUGAAGGAGAGGAGUCGCUCAGGACCACUCUGGAUUCUAUAUCACGAACGACUUACAGUGAUCAGCGUAAACUUCUCUUUGUCGUGGCGGACGGUAUGAUCACUGGUGCUGGGGAGAAGAUAAGCACACCAGACAUUUGCGUGGGACUCCUUGAUGCAGAUCCGCGUUUCGGAAACCCAAUGCCAAUGCUGUAUCCUGCUGUUGGAUCUGGGGAGAAGGCGCAAAACAGGGCCAUGGUAUAUGCGGGCCAUUAUACAACCGCUGGUCGUCGAACACCCACCGUCAUCGUUGUCAAAUGUGGCACGGAAAAUGAAGCUGCUGCUGGAAAGAAGCCCGGCAACAGAGGGAAACGCGAUAGCCAACUUAUACUCAUGAACUUCUUUUCUCGUGUCACUUACAACGACCGAAUGUCGCCCCUGGACUUCGAUCUUUUCCGAAAAAUCCAUGUUCUCAUGGGUGUGACCCCCGAUUUCUUUGAAGUCUGCUUGAUGGUGGAUGCAGAUACCAAGGUUUUCCCUGAGUCCUUGGGCCAUCUUGUCAAUUGCAUGCACCAUGAUCCGAUGAUUAUGGGCGUUUGUGGGGAGACCCGCAUAGCAAACAAACGAGAAUCUUGGGUGACAAGCAUUCAGGUCUUCGAAUACUUCAUUUCCCAUCACCUGGCCAAGGCUUUCGAGUCUGUUUUCGGAGGUGUUUCCUGUCUUCCCGGAUGUUUCUCCAUGUUCCGCCUAAAAGCACGGAGAAGUACGGGCGAUGACUGGGUUCCCUUGAUCGUUAAGCCAGAGAUUGUGAAGGAGUAUAGUCAGAACGAGGUAACAACUCUUCACCAGAAGAACCUUCUAUUGUUGGGCGAAGAUCGUUUCCUUACCACCAUUCUUCUACGGACAUUUCCAAACCGCAAAAUGAUGUUCUUACCGCAGGCGCGGUGUAGAACUGUUGUUCCCGACACGUUUUCGGUUCUUUUGUCCCAGCGGCGACGAUGGAUCAACUCUACAAUUCACAAUCUUAUGGAGCUGGUUCUCGUGCGUAAUCUCUGCGGGACAUUCUGCUUUAGUAUGCAGUUUGUUGUAUUCAUGGACUUGCUUGGAACUGUAGUUCUUCCUAUCGCCAUUGCGUUGACAUAUAUGUUAAUCGUUGAUAUGGCGCUAGAUCCACCGACUUCGUUCGAAGCAGCGAUUCCUCUCAUUCUCCUCGUUGCCGUUCUCGGUUUGCCUGCUAUCCUUAUUUUGAUUACGACCAGGAAAGUUGUGUACGUCGCUUGGAUGUGCAUAUAUCUUCUUGCUCUACCCAUAUGGAAUUUCGUUCUCCCUCUAUAUUCUUUUUGGCACUUUGACGAUUUCUCUUGGGGAGAAACAAGGAAGGUUGAAGGUGAAGGAAAAGAUGCCGGUCAUGGAGGCACUGGGGGACAUUUCAACGGUGAAGCCGUUCCCAUGCGCAGGUGGGAAGACUGGGAAAGGUCUAGGCUGCGCAAACUUCGUCGUGAUGAGCGGAGGCGGAGAGAACUCGAACGCUCGCAUCCUGGAGGAUACUAUGCGGGAGAUGGAGAUUUGCUCAGCGCAAGGUCGGAUGCCAGAAGCCAAUAUGACGGUUCUGACACAGUAUCUCUGGCAUCUUCGGAAGAUGAUCAAUGGGGGACGCAGAUCGGUGGCUACAAUGAGCAUAAUACUCAGUAUCCGCUGCCCCCCGUUGCACUCCUGCUACCCGAAGAGGAAACUCUGCAAUCAGCAAAGACACUUGACGGUGCAGAACUGGAGGCCAUGCUAGAAAUGGGCUUUGAUGACAGACCUCGUCCCGCACAUCAUAGUCCUGCUCCGCGUUAUCAGCUCACGGGCACUUCCUCCACACAAUUGAUGAAUGUUGGUGAUGACAGUUAUUCACCCUUAUCACGAUCUGCCUCGCCCGGAAUACUGCCAAAUCUGCACUCACCAACGUCACCAAGUAUGUCCUCAAACGAGAGUUGGACACCUGCUGGUGGUCGGCCUAGUAGGCAGCGUGGUCCAGGCGACCGAUACGGCCCACUUGGUCCUCUAGACCCUGCUACGAGAUUUUGAACGAAACGAAUGGACUUUUUCUUCUUUGGUUGGUGCCUCUAUAUAUCGCUUUGUUUGCUAUACCAUCACCCAUCUACCGCAUAUCAUGUCAUCCCAUGCUUAUGUUGCAGCUUGCACCCAUGGAAUACCUCAACUUAGAUCACCCAGUCUAAUCGCCCCGCUGUCGUACAGUGACUUAUUCAAGUAUUAGUUGGGCUACCUCGUCGAUAUUGUCUUGUCGCUCACUCUUGCAUCCAUAGUAUUAACGGAUCUUCCUUUGCUUUACUGUGUCUUUUAUAUUUCGGAGACUUCAAUGGACGGUGAAAUACAGGUUACUACCAGCAAAAAUCUUUUGAAUAGUGAGAGAAAAACUGCUGACGACAAACUAGUCAUCAGGUCAGCCAAUUAUAUAAGGUAU